CGGGUGGAUGAGGCCAUGAUGAAGGUGCAUACUGUGAUGAAAUGGCCUCUCAUACAUUUUCUUUAUCAUCUCAGUCAUCUGUAGUAAAAGAAACUGUCCACGUGCCCCCUAAAUUACAUUAUAUGGUAUCCCUUUUCUCAGCAUGGACAAUGAAAGGCUUUCUGACCUCUAGCGAAGGGCGCAAAGCUCCUAUCCGAAUUUUAUGAAUGGCUUGAUUGAUGGAUACAAAGAUGGAGGCAGGGACUGGUUUGCUGUGGAGGGAGGAGGGGAUACUUGUGGUCACCAUAAAAAGCCCCGAGUAUAUUGUGCAAAGCUCUAGUUUCAUUGGUGGAGAUCUAUUGAGUGAAAAAAAAGUGCUUUUAUUAGCUGUAGCUGAGCAGGAUUGGCAAAAUAUUUGGAUAGAAUGUCUUUCCAGCAUAAUACCCGCAGGUUGGGGUAACUAAUGCCACGUGUUGCCAUAGAGUCCUUUAACUGUAUAGUAUCCCAAGGCAAUAUUAGUGAACUGCAAUGACUCGAAUAAUAGUGAGGAAAAUGUCAGGUUUUGGGUGUGCUCUCCUGCUGCGUGCAGCGAGCGUAUAUAGGCCUAUGUCUGGGGGCAUUUAAAGUCUCGAAACUCCCAGCUUGCCUCGCCAUGCUGAGGAAUCCAUUGAGAGAAUUUCGCAGCGUUAGUCAUCGCAACAACUAUCCGCAGUGUGUGUAGUAGUCGCCUAUAGCCUCUCUUGCACCUCUUGCACUGGAGAUCCACAGUGGGCGCCGUGCAGGGCUUGGCUACAGACGCACUCUGUGCCGUGUGUCUGUGCACUGCGUGCGUGAUUACUCUUGCACCCACUCGCAGAGGUUUGUCGACCGGCAUGGUCAUAUGCUGGUUGGGUCUGUGGCGGUGUGCCGGUGGGUGCCCGGGUCAUUAGGGUGUUUGCGCAGGACGUGGCGAGCCGACGCCAGUGACCGGGCAGGUGAUGUUUGCUCACGUAAGCCGCUCGCGUUUGAUGAGGGGCGCAGGGGACGCGGCUGGAGGGUGCGCGCUACUGUUGCAUCGCCUCACCGGAUAACCGUUGCUAUCUCAUCCUGUCCGUCUGUUCCUCCCCGGGUUUCUGUUUUCUUUUUUCUUUUGCUUGCCGACUUACGGAUUUGCAGGAGUGGGAGUCUUUUGACGAUCGAAAUAAGUGGAUAAAGGAGCCGACCUUGCGUGUGCGUGUGCGUGGAGUGCGUAUCGUUUCUUGUGAUUCCCCUGUACGCGCAAGCUGCUUUUUUUUUCCAGAGAGGCAAUGCGCCCACCCAUGCGAUGCUAGCCUAUUAGCUGGUGAGAGAGAGAGAGAGAGAGAGAGAGAGAGAGAGAGAGAGAGAGAGAGACGUUUCAGCCCUGGAUUCGAGAGGAGGCUAAUUUACGAGUCUUGUUUUGCCUUUCAGGAAAAGGGGAGAUAAGAGGGGGAGGGUGGUUGUUGAAGGAGAAUGCAGCAAUCACAAUUUUAAGCAUGCAGAAGCGGGCCGUUUCCGGUUCCUAGGCUGGUGUGUCCCCCCAUCCGAGGCCAGCAGCCGUAUGGGGAAAGCAGCGGCAGACACAGAUGGCAUGGACACUUCCACAAGGUCUGCCGCUCUGCCCUGCCUGCUCUGCCGGAGCCCGUUCGCCGCCGUCUCUCUCUUCCAGCUCGCUCCGCCGCCCAGCAGCACUGCAGCACAGCACAGGCUGACGGCAUGAGGCUUGAUCCAGUGCAUUUCUCCAUGCUGGUCAUCGGGGUCUCCUUCGCCUGUUACGCCCCGAGUCUCAACUCCCUCCAGGACCAGGCGUACCGAUCAGCCGUGGUCAUCGAGGGCGAGGUGCGCUCUUCCCCGGAGAACGUCUCCUCCCGGGAGCCCUACAGUGUGAAUGUCAAAGUGCUGGACGUGUGGCCCGUCAACAGCGGCGGCCUCGAGAGAGAGCAGCUCGUGACCGUCGGGGACUUCGGUUCCGAGGCCCCGUGCACCACGGUGGAGAAGGACCACAGAUAUAUCUUUUUCAUGGACCCGACCGCCGAGCCCUUGGUAUUCAAGGCAUCGUACGCCCCUGUGGACGCCAGCGAGCCGGAGCUGAAGAAGGAUGUGGAGAGAGUGUUGUGCGAGGACUGCGCCUCUGCUCCUAAGCUUCGGCUGAUGCGAGGCCAGUCUCUGAUGGAAGGGGACAAGCUGUACUUAAAGUGCGAGGCGUCGGGGAAUCCCAGCCCUUCCUUCCGCUGGUACAAAGAUGGACAUGAGCUUCAGAAAGGCAGAGACCUCAAAAUAAAGACCAACAAAAAAAACUCAAAGGUGCAGAUCAGUCGUGUCCGUGUGGAAGACUCUGGCAACUACACCUGUGUGGCUGAAAACUCACUAGGACAAGAAAACACUACGAGUAUAAUCAGCGUGCAGAUCUUGACCACCACCAGCCCGUCUCCAGGUGUGAGUCAUGCGAGGCGCUGCAACGACUCAGAGAAGGCCUACUGCGUCAACGGAGGAGACUGUUACUUCAUACAUGGUAUUAACCAGCUGUCCUGCAAGUGUCCCAAUGACUAUACGGGGGACCGCUGUCAAAACUCCGUCAUGGCCGGUUUCUACAAGCUUCUCAGAAUUGAAUUUAUGGAGGCUGAGGAACUCUACCAAAGGCGGGUGCUGACGAUCACAGGCAUCUGUGUGGCCUUGUUGGUGGUUGGCAUCGUUUGUGUGGUGGCCUACUGCAAAACCAAGAAGCAGAGGAAGAAGAUGCACAGUCACCUACACCAGAACCAGAAUCAGUGUGUAGAGCAGCCCAACCGCAUGCUGGCCAACGGACCCAACCACCCCGGGCCUGGUCCCGAGGAGAUCCCCAUGGUUGACUACAUCUCCAAGAGCAUCCCAACAACAGAGUGUGUGAUCAGCCACGGAGCUGAGGGUGCAGGCAACUACGCAGGCAGCCGAAUGUCUACCCGCUCCCACCACUCCACCACUGCCUCACAUGCUUCCAGACACGAGGAGCAGACGUGGAGCAUGGAGCGAACAGAGAGUAUGAACUCAGACUGCCAGUCAGGUGGGCUGUCCAGCUCUGUGGGAACGAGUAAGUGCAGCAGCCCGGCAUGCAUGGCAAGGAGGGCCGCCCACUGGGGCUGUACGGACGUGUCCGGACCUGGAAUGCAGUACGGGGAUUCCUACGACUCUCUAAGAGACUCGCCUCACAGUGACAGGUAUGUGUCAGCGUUGACCACGCCAGCGCGCCUGUCUCCGGUGGAGUUCCACUACCCCCCAUUGCCACCCCAGGUGCCCACCUUCCAGAUUACCUCACCCAACACAAGCCACGCCCUCUCCCUGCCCCCCGCCGCUGCCGCCUACCACAGAGAAGAUGACCAGCCGCUGUUACGAUGCCCCGAUGAUGGAAGUUUAUACAGGCAGCCCCGGCGUCCGCGGCGACCCUACCUGACGGAGAGCACAGGAAGUCUACCGUCCAGCCCCUACCGUCUCCCUGACGACGAGGCCUACGAGACUACACAGGAGUAUGCCUCUUCACGGGAACCCAUCCGGAGCCGGCGCCGCCCGCGACGCAACCGCCUCAACGGACACAUCUCCCAGCGUUCAGCAGGCCUACGGGACUACAGCUCACAGAGCUUCAGCCAGUCAGAGGAAGAGGAGGAAGAGGAGGAGGAAGAGGAUAAUCACGGGGAGAGCACGCCUUUCCUUAGUAUGCAGAACAUGAACAUGGACCCGCCCUUAACCGUCCCGGGUUUUCGUUCGUCAUCUGGUGCAGACACACGGACUCACCGCGGGCUGAGUCGGCCGGGGACACGCAGCAACGGGCAGAGCCGCGGCUCCCAGUCGCAGCGCUCCAAGGCUGACAACAUGCCCCUUUAAGACUUAACCUCCCCCCCUGCCACCACCCACCCCCUCCACCUCACACACUCCCUUUCCUCCUGCACACAACCAGUGGACUAGAGACCUGCACCUAGGAGAAAUAUUUUUAUUUUGUAUAACAGACAGAUAUUCUAAACAAAUGAAAUAUUUAUUUUCAUUUCAGCAAAAAUUGUCUACUAGCUAACAGCAAAGACUUUUUUUAUAACGGGGGGGGGAAAUAUUUAUAUGUAAAGUUUUUUGAUUUACAGCAUUAUGAGAGAUGAAAAAAUAAGAGAAUUACGUGCCAAUUUUUUCACAAGUUAGAUAAAUAGAAUAAUAUUGUGGUGCCUUUUGCUGUAUGCUGAAGUCGGAGGUCCCAUUGAGUUUUUGUAGCCUUUCUUAUAAAGACUCCUCGUUUUUAUAGAGACCAACCCUCCUCCUUCCUUUUGCUUUGGUUUUUUCUCUGAUUUGGGAUCUUCCUCUUUUUGAACUGUGAUCUGAUUAUGUCAUCAUGCAAUAUUGAUUCCUCCUGUGUAAAAGGUGUCUGUUUACAUGAGUAUGAUCCACGCGAUGCGCUCGUUUCACAGGGACAUUAGUCACUGACGCAACCGGAUGUGUAGGGUAGAUUUUCUUGGAUGAUUUUGGGAUGAAUCACAUCGGUCAUUUAUGUCCUCGUUCGCUGCCUCUCAGUCAUUUGAUGUUAUUUCUGUGAAAACAAGAGUGUUAGGGAGUUGUUGAGGGAAAGUCACUCCAGAUUCCUGUGUAGGUGUUCAGGGUGCUGCCAUGAAAUUGGUGGUGGUUGCAGUGUAUGUGUGUGUGUGUGUGUGUGCAUGUCUGUAUGUAUCCUCAUGAAGCCUCAUUUGGUUUUCGCCUCCGUUCACCUUGGAGGGUGUGGUCUCUUGUUUGACUGACAUGCUCCUCCCACCAAUCCUCACGCUGCCAGAAGCUCCAUUGCACUGUAAGAACCUCCCUCCAUGAGCAGUCAUUGGCCAGGGAGCUGCCGAUCCAAACCGAACCUAACCAAUCCAGUUGUAAUCCAGCCUGACUCUGGCCUCCCGUGGACUGCCCAGCCCACCCGUUUCCUAUGCCAGCAGCUUAGAGCCGCACUGUGUCUCAGGACUUCCCCAUCACAUCACAGCCAAAAGACUCAAAGCAGAGAGCGCACGUCAUCUCAGUCACAGUUCAGUCCGCAGGCCAGAUCCACAUCCCUUCACUCUCCUUCCUGUCCGUCCGUCAGGUUUGUUGCGUCCACUCAUUAUUAAGGGAGCGUGGGUAAAAACUCUUGGAAUCAGAGGGGAGACUCAGUUGCUUUUUUUUUUU